AUGACUGAUAUGGAUUUGGGAUGGGCAUUGAUGGAGCUCUUGGGCAUCUAUAUUGCUGGUCAUAUACAUAUUGCCGCCUAUAUCCCUGCCCAGGUGUUUGAGGUAUGGGACCAGGUGGGCCGGGACCGGGUUGGGGUGGUGGGCCAGGAGGACCUGGACCUGGUUGGGGUGGUGGGCCAGGAGGACCCGGACCUGGUUGGGGUGGUGGGCCGGGAGGACCGGGGCCAGGUUGGGGUGGUGGACCAGGAGGACCGGGGCCUGGUUGGGGUGGUGGACCUCCAGGAUGGGGACCCGGCGGGCCCUGGUGGGGACCUGGUUUUGGUGGUUUUGGGGGUGGUUUGUGCAGCAUAUUAUCUUCAUGCUUCUACUUCCUGUGCUGUUGUUGCCUGUUACAAGAGUGCUGCGGACCGUUGUUCGGUGGGCCGCAUGGACCUGGUGGCCCUGGCUUCUGAGAUGGUAUUUCUAAGAAAUGGGUUUUAUCUAAUAACAUGAAAUGUAGUGGAUGAUCUAUAUCCCAUACGUAUUUUGCUUCAUUGUAUUUUAGAUGUUUAAUGGAUGGUCUGGAUCUCAUGGCUUCAUCCAUGAUUAUGUGACUUGAUCUUGAAAUGCUGUAGUGGAUUGUUUCUCACA